GACCCCUUGGCUGAACUGCUGCACCCCUAAGAGCAUUCUCCAACUCGGUCUGCUCCCCGUCCGUCCCCGUGGCCCGGGGGUGUCCCAGCAGGAAGCCGCGGGGCUAGCGGGCUGAUGACUGCCUGCGCGCCCGGUCGGAGGGGGUUCGGCGGCACCGCGGACCGGACCUGAGCUCCCGGGGGAGCUGCGAAGGGCCCCGUUUGUCCUGAGGGAUGGGCCACCUCAGAAGCAUCAGGGUCACUCUGGAAGCCACCGCUGAGAGCGCCGAGAGACCCUAACAAGUCGGGCCCCCCCCCUACCCGGGGCUGCCGCCUGCCAUGUGACUCGGCCCCCCGCGACGGUUCGGGCGGGUCUCGGUCCCGGUCCGGCGCCGCGCGGCGGCAACAUGAACAACAACUUCUGCCGGGCCCUGGCGGAGCGGCGGCCCGGGGCGGCCCCCAGCUGCAUGCAGCUGGGCAUGGUGCCCGCGCCCCCCCGGCAGGCGCCGCUGCCGCCCGCCGAGCCCCUGGGCAACGUGCCCUUCCUGCUGUACCCGGGGCCCGCCGAGGCGCCCUACUACGACGCCUACGCGGGCGUGUUCCCCUACGUGCCCUUCCCCGGCGCCUUCGGGGUCUACGACUACCCCUUCGAGCCCGCCUUCAUCCAGAAGCGCAACGAGCGCGAGCGGCAGCGCGUCAAGUGCGUGAACGAGGGCUACGCGCGCCUCCGCGGCCACCUGCCCGGCGCGCUGGCCGAGAAGCGGCUGAGCAAGGUGGAGACGCUGCGCGCCGCCAUCCGCUACAUCAAGUACCUGCAGGAGCUGCUGGGCGCCGCCCCCGACGGCGCGGCGACCCCCGGCGCGCCCGCCGCGCCCGCCCCGCCGCUGCGGGCGUCCGAGGAGCCGGGCCACUGA